GAGGGGAAGGGACGGGUAUAAAUGAGAGCCAGCGGGCAUUCCCCGGCCCACAGUCGUUCCCAGGGCAUUGAAACCAACAGAGAAGCUUGCAGACAUGGCGUUCAAUGGAACUUGGAAGGUUGACCGCAAUGAGAACUACGACAAGUUCAUGGAGAAACUUGGUGUCAAUGUUGUAAAACGCAAGAUGGGAGAGCACGACAACCUGAAGCUCACCAUUGAACAAAACGGGGACAAAUUUCACAUCAAAGAGUCCAGCACGUUCCGCACUAAAGAGAUCGACUUCACCCUUGGCGAGCAGUUUGACUACACCAUGGCCGAUGGCACUGACCUCACAGGUACAUGGGUACUGGAGGGUGAAACGCUGAAAGGUUCCUUUACAAGGAAAGACAACAACAAACCCCUGACCACCACGAGAGCUCUGGUGGGAGGAGAGCUUGUGCAGAGUUACAGCUAUGAAGGCGUGGAUGCUAAGAGGAUUUUCAAGAAGCAUUAACCAGGAUCCUGCUGUUUAUUCUUUUAUUUUUAUACAGCUGACAUGGCAUAUUUGGAUGUUCUUUUUAUUCUCUAAAUGAUAGAAAACAGCCACAUUAAAGUGUAUUCUUAAUAAAUGUAUUUCAUGUACCUAAACAUGUUUUUAUAUAUAUACAUAUGUAUAAAUACCAUUCGGGAUUGAUCCCUGAAAUGGUGCUGUACUGCCAAUAUCUGAGUAAAACAAUGAAAAAGUGUCGACCCCUAACUGUGAACUGGUGACCUAGUUCUCAGGAUAGGUCAGGGGGCUAACCUGUCUGAAUAAAGGGAGUUCAAAGAGCUGA